CUGAAUCGUCUAGCCGUAUUGGUGAAACGUGAUUCGCAGUGGUUCACGAAAUUUGUCAAAAAAGGAGAUUUAUUUAAGCAGUUCGAGCGAUUGCUCAUGGACGAGCGUUGGGAGGUGCAGCACCAGUGCAUUAAACUCUUGCAUGAUGCCCUACCAACUUUUGGCAAUUACAUCGAGUGGUGUGUGUCAUAUCUGUUGCCAUGUAUUGUCACUAAGCUUGGCAGCCCAAAGAUAACGAUACGUCGGAUAACGAAUCAAAUGCUGACCGCCUAUUUGAAACUUCAGCCAGGAGCUUUGAAUACUGUUCAGAAAGUACUCUCAACUUUUCUGUUAAACAACGAAUGUGAUACGCGCACGAAAGACGAAGCUCUUGCGGAGAUACCGAAUUUAAUGAUUGCGGAAUGUGCGGAGCAGAGCUGGAGGAUACUGAUCGAUGGACUUGUAAAAAUGAUGCUCAUGGUUACACCAGAGAGGCGUGAAAAGAUCGCCGGUUUGCUUGCCGGCUUUAGUGGUACUGUUUCUGCUUUACUUUUUGAAAAAAAGCUGCGUUUGGCGAAACGCGUAGUUUUCCACUAGGG